AUCACGCAUGGCAUGGCGGAGGCGACGGUCGGACGCAGCACCGAUGGAGGCGGUCGACCUGCCUCGGCUGACCAAGAAGCCAUCGAUGGCCCUCGCCACAGGAAUGCAUUCGACGAACUCCCAAGCGAGGCAAAGGACCAUGCCGUCCGGGGCGUCCAGCUUCUAAAACAAGGUGACUUCCUCGCUGGCAUUGAGGCUCUCGAAGCUGCCAUCGAGGUAGAAGGCGACUGCUGGAUCUUGUGGAAACAUGUUGCGAUUGCCCAUUAUGACCUGUGGAGGCACGUGGCGUCGGCCAAAGCUACGCUAGCGUCGACGUGGUUUCUCGCCGAGCAUAGCGGGGGCGCGGCUGACCCUCUCGAGCGCUUCCUUCGGACGGCGUACGACGUGUUCGUGGUGGCCAUGGAGUACAAGGAAAACAAAAACCACCCGGCGAUGCUGCUCAAACUCGCAGUGUUGUAUGUGGAGCUCGACGCGUGGCAAGGGGCGCUCGAGCUGUGCACUCUUGUGCUGGAAACCACCAAGUGGUCAAAUUUCCACCAGUUCAACGAGGCCGUGUUUCUGUCCGGCGUUGUCGCCCUCGGCCUUCGCCACGCGACUCAGAGCGGCGAGUACUUUGCCUACCUGAUCGACAACCCUCCCCACAACCUGCGGUCGUACCAGGUGCUGCUCUUGGCAGGCAUGCAAUUCGACAGCCAAACCGACUCGCCUGAAGCCAUCGAGCGUUGUCGCGUGCUGUACGUCGAGGCGUACAAGCGUCUCACGACCGGCGUCCGGAUCGUGGCGCCGGCGCCGUCGGAAGCGACUGCGAUGGAAAUCUACCUCACGUCACGAAAAAGCGAAAGCGAACGCAUUCAAAUGUGGCUCGGAGAUGCCAACGUGUGGGAAACGCUGGGGAUGGACCUAUUCACGCACAACCAUCCGUUCCUGGCGGCACGGACAUUCGACUACGCGCUCCAACGACAGGGCUGUCGGAGCGUUGAGAACCUUGUGACGGUCGGACGCGUCCACCACCGCCUCAAACGAGUCGAGAAGGCGCAAAUGUAUUUCGAACAAGCGCUGUCUCUGUCGUACUAUGCCCAUCCGACCCGAUACUGGCUCGGCGUCGUCUCAUUUCCGUGGAGCCAGCACUUCAAAAAGGAAGACCGAGGCGCGCGAACGUAUCAGCGACUGUAUCGCGGCUACCGAGCGCGAUGUCGGGUGCUCUUGCUUCGCCACCGUCGAGCGUGCACGUGGCUAGAAAAAAUGCGCUGCGCGAGUUACGCCCUCAUCCUUGGCCGCGCUGCCAAGCAUCGCGUAGCUGUUCGAAAAGCUGCUGAAUUGGAGAGGGAAGCGGCAGCCCGAGCUGACAUGCACGUCGAGGACUGGUUUCUCGUCUAUUUGAAAUGGCACGCCGCGGCCCGGUUGAUUCAGUCACUGCUGCCAAUCUCGCGGGCCAAGAAGGAGAAGAUUACUCGUCGGGCAUGGCUACAAAAGCACAAAGCGUUGCUGCGGCGCGUAGUCAGCCACACGAACGAUCGCCUUGUGCAAACGUGUUUCAGUGCGAUGGUUGAAUUUGUCGAGAUUGUUCACGACGAACAACUCCAUGCAGCUCUUGUGCUUCAACGCGCCGCACGGAAAUGGCUCGGACGGCGGCAUCUGGCGCGACUUGCGGCCAAAAACUCGGCGCAACAGAAGCUGCUUGUUGUGUUCCUUGGGAAAGCCAAGAAGCGGUGGAAAGCUGACUGCUUCUUCGCAUGGCGAACAUGCCGCGAGCGCACGAUAGCCCUCCGCCGCGCCAGUGCCAUUCGCAUCCAGUGCGCCUUCCGAUCGUACAAAGCCCGUCAAGUUUUGCGGGCCAACAUGGCGAGACAAGUUCGUGUCCGGCAGUUCAUGGCCCAGUUAGUCAUUUCACGGGACGGCCUGUGUCUCCGCAAGUCGUUCCGUGCGAUGACGGCGUUUGCCUUCGCUGCUCGGCUGCACAAACACGCGUGCGCCACGCGAAUCCAAAAGAUCCUUCGGGGGCGACUCGCCCGGAAGCUGGUCGUUCGUGUCCGCAAGCGGCACCAGCACUGCGAGGGCUUGGUCGCAAAAGCCCUUGCACAGCGAGCAGAAAAAUUCCUGGCGCAGUUGUGGACGUCGUGGGUGCUAUUUGGGCAAGUCGUGCAACUGGAACGGCAACUCGCCGCGAUUCGAAUCCAGCGCAUGGAACGUGGCCGUGCGGCUCGCCGUCGCGUGAAAACCAGGCGAGAAUACCUGUUCGUGUACUUUGACCACGACUGCCUUCCCCGCGGCGGUUCGACGCAGCUCCGACUUGCGUUCGUUGGCCUUUGGAAGCACCGACGAUAUCGCACGGAUCGCGAAGACGCCGCCGCCCGAACGAUUCAGCGCGCGGUCAAGCGACGUCGCCAUCAACUGCAAGCGCAAAUUCUCCGAAACAAGCUCAAGCGAAAGAUGCAAGUCGCGACGAUCUUCCAAAAGACCUUUCAUGCCGCCGCGACGGCAUUCUUCCAUGUGCUCAAAGGACUUUGUACCGACAAGCGCCAAAAGUUGGAUGCCGCUGCGCGAACGCUCCAGCGCAACUUGCGUGGGUGGCUAGCUCGACGUGUGAUGGCGCGCUUAGCACAGCAGUAUCAUGCGGCCAAGUCACUGUUGGAUCGUGUGAUCCACAGAGAAUCGCGAGCGGCGAUGGCCAUGGUGAUGCGGCUGUGGAAGGCUGGGAUCCUCGUGUGCCGGGACGAAAAGAACGCGGCAUGCGUGGCAAUUCAACGGCGAUACCGUGCUCGACGGGCGACGAGGGAAGCCCGAUUAAAGAUGGACAAGCGGCGGCGGCAGCGACAGCUCAUCGAGCAAGGGACCGGCAAGCCGUUGGCAAGAUGCUUUCGGACAUGGCAGCGUCGAGUCAUUGAAGCGGCCACUGCUACGUUCAACGCAAGCUUGUCCGCAAAGUACGCCAAGCACUUGGGUGCGUGGUCGCCGAACGCCUUGACUGGACGUGCCGGCGACUUGCUGUCCGCGGGGGUUCCGUCCAUGCUGUUUUACCAUGUUCUCACACGAACUCGAUCGUCAGGACUGUGCCAACUGCCCCCGUGCCAUGGAUUUGACCGCGCACAACUGCGGCAGCUCCUGGAGCUGGCGUCGUCGGUCAUUUCCGAUUCCAGGCACGCCACAACGACGGGUGGCCACCCACGUCGAGGCAGCAACGUCGUCGAAACGAUCGCUUGGAUGCCAGAGUGUCCCGUGCAAAAAUUGAUCUUGUACAACGAACCAUCCAUCGACGGAACGCGGCUCGCUGUUUGCCUCGAUCAGCCAAAGACGCAUCCCCUUGUGUCGGUCGUCCUAGGAGGAUCUUUCCUGCCAUCGCGCCACAUCAUGGCUGUCGCCCUCAGCUUGGCUCAGCCUCAUUCCAAACUCCAGCAGCUCGUUCUCGAGUCGUGUCGGCUAGGAAACACUGGCGCUGCCGUGCUUGCGCUGGGCCUCGCGCACAACAAGAGCGUGUGGAAGCUCGACCUCAGCGGCAAUAACAUCGGAGACAUCGCUUGCCAGGCCUUGGGCGAAAUGCUGCUAGCCAACGACACCCUCGAGAUUCUAUCGUUGAACCAAAACGACGUGUCCGACAACGCGGUGCUAGGGUACUUGGAGCCUGUGCUGCUCAGUCUCCCCGCGGCAUCUGCGGUCGUGUCGAUUCAGUUGCGUGGGAACGGCAAGUUGACAUCACGAGGCCUGGACGCGCUGCAAAGUGCCGCUGCGUUCGUGAACCAGAACGCCAUGCGGCCGAGUUCCAAGCCACUGGCCAUCGACGGUUGAAGGGGCUUUGCGCGUGGUGGAGUCGCGGCGGUGCUUCUCGCGGCGUGUUUGUGUCGGCGAGACGGACCAAACGAGAUGGUUCAUCACAACCGAUUAACUUAACGUUCGACACUGCGUUCGAUCUCCG